GUGAGUGUAAGUGCGUUCCCGGACCAAAAUCGUCUAACCAUCCCCCAGCUCCAGCCGUCAGCUCUAGCAGCUCAUCAUGCGAGCCCUCACCGUGGCGCUCUUCGGAGCUGCCGUGUGUCUAGUGAACGGUCAGCAGAACAAGGAGGAGAAGGAGUUCAAGUGCCCGACUGAGCAGGGCAACGGUAACUUCGCCGACCCGGUCACAUGCCGCCGGUUUUAUCAGUGCGUUGAUGGAUUUCCGUACCUAAAUCGCUGCCCAUCCGGUCUCUACUUCGACGACAUCCAGAAGUACUGCACAUUCAAGGCGGAGGCAAAAUGUGGCCCACUCGCGUCAACACCGACAGCGACGACCGAAUCACCCAUCGAUCUGGCGAGAAAGUGUGACCAUUCCGAGUGUCAACUGCCGUACUGCUACUGCAACAAGGAUGGCACCCUCAUCCCGAAGGGGCUGGACCCGGAAGAGACACCCCAGAUCAUCCUGCUCACCUUCGAUGGAGCCGUUAAUCUCAACAACUACGACCACUACCGGAAGGUGUUCAACGGCAAGCGCAAGAACCCGAACGGGUGCGACAUCAAGGGUACCUUCUUCAUCUCGCACGAGUACAGCAACUACCAGCAGAUCCAGACGCUCGCCAACGACGGUCACGAGAUCGCAGUCGAGACGAUCUCGCUCCAGAUGGGCCUGCAGGAUAAGGGCUACGAAGAGUGGGUCGGUGAGAUGAUCGGCAUGCGCUCGAUCCUGAAGCACUUCUCGAACGUGUCCGCCAACGAGAUCAACGGCAUGCGAGCGCCCUUCCUGAAGCCUGGCCGCAACACACAAUACAAGGUGAUCGAGGACUUUGGUUUCAUCUACGACAGCUCGAUCAGUGUCCCACCAAGCCCGGUGCCGGUGUGGCCAUAUACGCUCGAUUACAAGAUCCCGCAUGAGUGCAAAUCUGGCACAUGUCCGACGAAAUCCUUCCCCGGUAUCUGGGAGGUUCCGCUGAAUGCUCACUUCGUCGAGAGUUACGAAGGUGGUCACUGUCCAUACAUGGAUCAGUGCGUUCUGCACAAUCACGAUGCGGAGGAGGUGUUCGCCUGGCUGCAGGAGGACUUCGAGCGGUACUACUAUCAGAACAAGGCCCCGUACAUGAUGCCGUUCCACACGAACUGGUUCCAGAUCAAAGAACUCGAGCAUGGACUGCACAAAUUCCUCGACUGGACACAGACAAUGCCCGAUGUGUGGUUCGUCACCAUCACGCAAGCGCUCACGUGGAUCACCGACCCGAAGACGAACAAGCAGCUAGCUGGAUAUGAGCCGUGGAACUGCAAGAGCAAAACCACCCAAACGCCGAAACCGUGCAACAUCUCCAACAAGUGUGCACUCGCGUUUAAGGAGCCAACCUCGAACAUCAGCGAUACCCGCUAUAUGGAGACCUGCUUCGACUGUCCGGCCGUCUAUCCGUGGCUGGGAGAUUCGCACGGUUCCGGCAUUCCUGGUCGCGAUAACUACAUCGAUCAGUCGGAGGGCGGUGGUGGUAGUGCUGGACGUGACCAGGGCGAGGAAGAGGAGCAGAAGUAGAUCGCUAUCUGAGCCGUCUUCUGCAUGCCCUAUUUUAGAUGUAACGUUUUUUUUUAACAGUAAUAUUCGAGCUUGAGGUUUGUUUUAAAUCUUUCCUACCGGACGAUCGUUGGCUUUCUCGAGGACGUUGUCAGUGGACCGGGUGUUAUUGAGAGGGCAAAUUAUGCGCUCAAAAAUCAAACCCGAUGGCCACGAGAACAACCCCGACAUUGCAGAUUGGUAGGUGACCGCAUCAUGCGUGGUGUGCGUCGUUUUGAAGUGCAUUCGUUUGACCACAGUAUCCCUUUUCCGAGCGCGAUCCUGGCACACAGAGCGCGUCGAUAUUCAGCGUACGCUUUCUCGGAUAUUUAUGGUUGAGACUUCCCAAACAUACAGAAAAAAAAACGUUGAAUAA